UUGGCGCUACCUCUAGGAUCCUCAAUGUUCGCCGCCAUUUUUGAAAGUUGUGUUUGUGUACAAACAAAAAUCUGUCGAAAUUCACGCCAAGAUGCCCAGUAUGGACAAUGAAAAUGUAUUCAGGUUACCCGAGAUCAAGGAUGAGAAGAGCUGUAGACGACACUCUGUCAUAGGUCUUGCCAAUUUUGAGCUUCCCAGUCUGAGAAAACGAAAGAGGAAGAUAGAAGACGAUACACUAAGUAUUCAGAGCUUUGAUGUGGAACACAAGAAGAAGAGCAGGAAGUCUUUGUUGAGAGUAUCAUCAUUGGCCAAUCUCCUUUCUCCAUCCAAGGGUAGCAACAAACGAGGAUCAGAUGGCUUUCAGCGAUCCAUCAGUUUCAAGGUACCAUCCUCCCCUGCUUCCUCCAAACAGAGUUUGACACCUUACAAGGCACCCUCACCGUCUCCAGCCAAGCGACGCCUCAGUCGAACAUGGAGCGACAUGAUGACAACCUCAGGUCAUAUUCCAACUGAGCUCAGCCAUCGAGACAUCAAGAAACAAGAGGCUAUAUAUGAACUGUACCAGGGGGAGAAAGAUCUUGCAGAAGAUCUUAUCAAUGUCAAGAAGACUUAUCGUGACUCUAUGAAGAAACUACAACUUUUGUCUGAUGGAGAGCUACAACAGAUAUUUGGUCCGAUUGACUCGUUGAUACCUAUCCAUGAAGAUCUUGCAAUGAAACUGCAGAACAACCGACGCCCAGAUGGGACAACAGACAGAGUUGGAGAGAUUUUGGUUGAUUGGGUACCGUCCCUGAAGGAGUAUGUGACUUUCUGUAGUAACCAGGUGUUUGGGAAAGCCCUGUUGGACGAGAAGCUAGCCAAUCCUGCAGUAGAUGACUUUCUCCAGAGAUGUCAGAAUUCACCAUUCAGUCGUAAACUUGACCUUUGGACCUUGCUUGAUGGCGCUAGGAGCAAGUUCAUCAAGUAUCCUCUACUUAUCAAGAGCAUCAGGAAAUAUACACAGACAGAAGAUGAGGACACACACUACCUGAAUGAAGCUAUCAAGCUUUCUGAGCGUGUGAUUGCAGAAGCUGACAAGAUGACAGGAGAGGCCAAGUGUCGUUACUAUAAAUGUCGAAUCUCCUUCCUUUAUGACGAGGAGAAGUGUGAAGCCCUGGAGCAGUCUUCCAUGCUAGUGUGUAACGGAAUCCUGAAAAACAACAAGAACAGUAAACUGUACGCUUUCCUGUUUGACGAAGUGCUGGUUGUGACACGGAUGGUGAACCAUGGUGGUCACCAGGGCUUCCAAGUGUACAGACAACCCAUCCCUGUAGACGAGCUCGUUCUCACAGAUCUCAAGGAUGGAGAGAUCAAGAUGGGGUCCUUCCGCAGUGCCUUUGGCUCAGGACAGACAACGAAGAAUGUAUUCAAAGUGUCCUUCCGUGACUCCAAUAGAGGCCAGUCACAUACCCUGAUAGCAACAGAUGAGCAUGACAAGCGACAGUGGCUCCAGUCUAUACACAAAACCCUGGACACUGUGAGACGUGGGGAAGGGGAUGGGCAGGAGUCACCACCAACAACUACAGCAGCAACAACUUCAUCAUCAACAACUACAGCAACGACGACUUCAUCAUCAACAACUACAGAAGCAACAACUUCAUCAUCAACAACUACAGCCCAGACGACUUCAACAACUACAGCAACGAAGUCAACAACAGAGUAGUUGACAUAUACAGCACUAGCAACUUCCAUCUGUGUGAAAUUCUUGUUUGCCAUCUUCAAACUAGUGCUAAGCAUUCUUACUGCUGUGGACAGAUAUUUA